CAUGAAGAAAAGUCGAGUUCGUGAUUCGACUCGACAACAAGUUGGACUUACCUUUUAUUGUCAAACAGAACGAUUUGACAGUGAAACCGACGGAUUUUCGUUUUCGAGCGGUGCUCAACAGCGAGCGAUAAAGCCUCGUCGCUUUCAAGCGCGCGACCGAACGGCCGAUCGGAGAGAUUUUUCGUUUCAAAUAACACGGCCCAACGACGAAUCGAAUAAGCUUUUCAAGCUUGAAUCCGGAGACACCGGGGCGGGGGGGGNGACACAUCGCAGACAGGGACGCUUCGCUCUUCGCCAACGAGAUUAUCAGCCGUGAUGCCCUCCGAGCGGAUUCGGAAGAUGGCGAUUUGCGAGGUUGUUUGAUGCCAAUUUGAGUAAACACUCGCGCGCGCGAAGCCUCAAAUGUGCCCUGAAAAUCAUGUGACGUGGACUGUGUGCGAUGGCGUGCAAAGAGAUGAUCGGCCAUCAGCAGCAGUUCGUUGAGGAAAUCGACUAUAAUGAGAUCGAGACAGAGCAGGUAGUCGGCAAAGGUUCCUUCGGGGUUGUGUGGAAAGGGAAAUGGAGGGGGCAGGACGUUGCUGUGAAACACAUAAAUUCGGAAGGAGAGAGAAAGGCCUUCACCGUGGAAGUUAGACAGCUGUCCCGAGUCGCCCAUCCCAAUAUCGUUAAGUUGUACGGCGCGUGUACUAAGAAUCCGGUGUGCUUGGUGAUGGAAUACGCAGAAGGUGGAUCAUUGUACAAUGUAUUACAUUGCAAUCCUCAGCCGCAUUAUACCACUAGUCAUGCCAUGAGUUGGGCCCUCCAGUGUGCGCGUGGUGUUGCGUAUCUUCAUAAUAUGAAGCCAAAACCAUUGAUACACAGAGAUCUAAAGCCACCUAAUCUGUUGUUAGUUAUGGGUGGACAAAUGCUUAAAAUUUGCGACUUCGGCACGGCCUGUGACUUAAACACGUAUAUGACUAAUAAUAAAGGCUCGGCCGCAUGGAUGGCGCCAGAAGUGUUUGAAGGAUCUAGGUAUACAGAGAAGUGCGAUGUAUUUAGUUGGGGUAUCAUUUUGUGGGAGGUCUUAACACGCAAAAAACCCUUUGAUGAUAUUGGUGCUUCAGCCUUUAGGAUAAUGUGGGCUGUUCAUGUAGGACAGAGGCCUCCUUUGAUAGAAGGAUGCCCGAAACCGAUCGAAGAUCUUAUGACUAGAUGUUGGCAGAAAGCACCUGAAGAAAGACCGUCUAUGGACGAGGUGGUGAGGAUAAUGACCGAGCUGUCGGAAUUUUUCAGCCACCAUUUAGAACCUGUCGAGUAUUCCUUAAGUAGUGAGUCUGACUAUGUAGAUGAAAAUGAGACCUCGAAGGAAGAUACAUUAGAUAUGGCCAGUACCUUAGACUCUCGAGUGAAUGGCUCUGUUGCGAACGGCACUAUUCACACAAUUCCAAAGACCGUGGAGAAAGUCGACGGAUGUUCCAACGGGGAGAAUUCGUCGGUUUGUCCUUUGCGUCACACGUCGCCAUUCGACGUGCCGACGACGAAUUUCCCAGCCCGACAAAAUAAUUUAGGAUUUCAACGAGCACCUAACGAGUGUCCGGUUCCGAACAAGCAUUAUCCCGGAGCCACGGACGGUAAUUUAGACUACGCCAAACCGUCGAUCCUGCAAAGCGCGGCGGCACCGACGGCACGUGACGAGAAAUUCGCUGCGCUGCAACACAAAAACUACAAUUUCGCCCCAUUGCACGUGGAAUGCGAUCCGAAUGCUUGGGACUUGCCGAGCUCGUCCGAUUCGUCCUGGGAGAUUCGUAACAUGGCUGGCUUAGACAAAAUGAUGCCGAAAACGAAGAAAAACAUUCAACAAAGUAGCAGCACCACGAGCGAAGACCUGGGCAAUGUGUGCCGCCUCCUGGAUGCCGACCUGAGGCCGCUCACGCCCGACUACACGUGCGAACGCUCGCGCGAGAUCUUCGAGGAGCACAAGCAGAUAGCGCAGGAGUACUUGAAGGUCCAAACGGAGAUAGCGUUCUUGAGCAAGUACAAGAACGAGAUGCUGAAGAACCUGAGCCUCGACAGCCUCAAGCAACAGCAGGAGCUGCGCAAACUGGAGGACGAGAAGGAAUCCCUGGUGAAGUUGUGCCGCAAUCUGAAGCGGCAGUUGCAAAUCAUGAAGGAUCAAAGGGUCAACGGGGCACUGACGAACGCCAACGCGCCGAUGAUAGCGCCUGCCGUUUCCGGGAACAACGGCUGGGUGCGGGUACCGCGUCAGGACCCGUCGAGGCUUUCCUGA